GUAGUCUCCGUAGUAACAAAUCACGUCUAUUUAGUCCCUAGAAUUCAAUCGUUGCCGGUCAAAAGAAUUUCAAUCGUUCUGCGUUUUUUUUCAUCAUUACUGACCCUUCAUUAUUUUUUAGUUCUGCAGGUAUUCUUGUACAAAUCCGUAAGCGAUAAGGAUCAUUUCUUUAAUGCAUAGAGUAUGUGAUAAGGAUCAUUUGAGAGAGUAUUUAUGAUUUCUGUAAGCGAUUUGAAUCCAGAAUGCCAGAGUUGCGGAGUGCAACCUGUAAAGCUCGAUUAGAAAGCAAGCAGCUUGCUGAAUUAAAUCCUCAACUCAGUCACUUAAAUAAAGUAAAAGAGAAGGCUCCGAUUGCCAAUAAGAGAGACAAAUUAGGUGUUGCAAAAGGAAGUGCAUAACUAAAGUUGUAAAUAAAGAGCCUUCAGCAAACAAGAAUUUUGUGGCUGAAAGGAAAGUUAUGGAGAAACCUGUGGGGGUUAAAGUAGCAGAAGCAAGCACAGGUGGAGUACCAGAGACGGUCAAAGUAGGCAGAUCCCCUGUAUAUAGAAUAGAGAGGAAGUUGGGUAAAGGUGGAUUUGGUCAAGUGUUUGUAGGUAGAAGGGUAUCUGGUUGUACAACCCGCACUGGUUUAAAGGCCUCCGAGGUUGCAGUGAAGUUUGAACAUUUUAAGAGUAAAGGUUGCACUGACGGCCCGCCUUAUGAGUGGCAAGCCUACAGCUCACUCAAAGGCUGCUAUGGUUUGCCAUCUGUCCACCACAAGGGUCGCCACGGAGAUUAUUAUAUUAUGGUAAUGGACAUGCUUGGGCCUAAUCUUUGGGAUGCUUGGUGUUCGGAUGGCAGGAUGAUGCCUCUAACUAAGGUGGCUUGCAUUGCCAUGGAGGCAAUAGCGAUUCUUGAGAGAAUACACUUGAAAGGGUUUGUACACGGAGAUGUAAAACCAGAAAAUUUUGUACUUGGUCAACCUGGAACUGCUGAUGAGAAAAAGUUAUUCCUCGUAGACCUUGGUUUGGCAUCUAGGUGGAAGGGAACCUUAUCUAAUCAGCAUGUCGACUAUGAUCAGAAGCCAGACAUCUUCAGGGGGGCGGUAAGAUAUGCGAGUGUGCAUGCACAUUUAGGUCGUACAUUGAGUAGAAGGGAUGACUUGGAGUCUCUAGCAUACACAUUAGUAUAUCUUGUAACAGGAAGAUUACCCUGGCAAGGGCAUGAGGGAGACACAAAAAAUUUCCGUGUUUGCAGAGAAAAGAUGUCCACUUCUCCAAAGUCAUUGUGCUUUGGCUGCCCUCCUGCGUUUAAACAAUUUGUUGAGAUCGUUGUGAAUAUGAAUUUUGAUGAAGUACCAAAUUACUCCGAACUUGUUUCUCUUUUCAAAUGCCUUAUUGAGCCUUGCAACCCCGUGCUGCCAAUCAGUAUUGAUGGAGCACUAAAGGUUGUACAAAAGCGCGGAAGGUCUACUGUAAAUUUUGAGGACAACGAGCAGCCAAAGAAGAAAUUACGACUGGGGGAUCCGGCUUCCCGGUGGAUAUUAGUUUAUAACCCACGCCUUCCAAUGAAGCAAAGAUGCCACUAUAAUGUUUCAGACUUACGUCUUAGCCGUCUUAUAGAUGAGGGUGUAACCGAUAAUGGUUUAUACAUCAGUUGUGUGGCUUCUGAUGGACCAAAUCAAUGGGCUGUUAUCAUGAAUGCAGGAACAGGAUUCAGUGACCAGGUUCAUCUCCUGUCAGAUAAGUUUUUGCAUCAGGAAUAUAUAACAAACCAAUGGAAAAAGAAAUUCUUCAUCACAUCCCUUUCUGGUGCAGCCAAUGGAAAAUCUUCGGUAGUUAUGUCGCAAGGAACCUCUUACACCAGCCAGUGCUACCAAGUAGAUAACACGUUUCCUAUCAAAUGGAUUAAUACAAAAUGGAAAGAGGAUUACCAAGUGACAUCCAUGACUACCUCUGGCAACUGCUGGUGUGUUGUAAUGUCCAAGAACACCGCUCUUUCUGACCAGGUUCUGGAGCUUGAUUUUCAAUAUCCGAGUGAAGGAAUACGUUGGAGAUGGAGGAGUGGACAUAGAAUAACGUGUGCCACGGCUACCCCGGAUCAAGUUGCCUUCAUAUUUAGCAAAACGAAGGUGAAAUAUAUUCAACAAACAGGUCGUUCUGCUGUUUUUCCGACCACUGCUCUGGAGAAAAAACGGUCCAAGCAUCUCUAUGCAGAAUCAAUCUGUUACGGUCGAGCAAUUUGUUGAUGCACAUUCAAAUGUAUAUAAGGCAGAAGUUGUAGAGGCAAAAAUGUAAAUAUUUUGGAACUUGUAAAUUAAAUGCUUCCGUUUCUCUCAGAGCUUGGUUUGGCUGUAGCAUUUAGGAAAUUCCAGUUUUUCGGUAACGAUCUGUUAUUUUCCGACUAGGUUCUUUGUGGUAGCAUUUUGUGCACCCUCACUUAUAAUUUUGGUUGAACAACUGUUGUGUUUUAAUAGGUGAUUAAAAAAGGUCAAUGACAGUGAAAUACAGAAA